UGCGCGCUUCAACUCUCCCACAGGCCUCAGCAACAUGAACAUCUAAACAAUGUUUGUAUUUCCGAUUAUUGUACAGUGAUCUAAACAAUUCAAAUGUAUAGUAGUACCAAGCAAUGUAAUCUGUCGCACAAAAUGAUAAUUCGCCUAAAAAAGUUUUUGUAUAUUUUUAAUUUACGUCAAGGCACAAUUCUUAUUGCCGUCCAUCAAAUCGCGCUAUCAUCAUUCGCACUAAUCAUCCUACUUGUUGGAAUAUUCCACCUCGACGAGAUGUUGUCCAUGCUUCAAAAUGACAUGGCGGACGACGCUGACCGGCAGGGCCUCUACUUGGAGUACGGACAUGUGAUCGAAUUACAAGAGGGGGAUUUCUACAGUGCCAACUUUAACCGGCGGCGAUUCGCGAAGGGGCAACAUCUUGCUUCAGUGACAGUAAUAUUUCUUUACACAAGCACGAUACUGACGUCCAUCUAUCUCUUGUGCUGCGUCUCAUUGCUGCACGGCGCGGUCAAGUAUAAGCGGGAGUACGUGACGCUCUGGAUCAUGGCCGCGAUCGUGGCUCUGUCGCUGCUUCUUAUGGCUAUUUUCAUCGGCGACGGAUACCCGUGGGUCGUUAAAUUUUUUGGGGGGCAUUGUAUUUAUCGUUUCGGUUGUGCACUGUUCGUGUUAUCUUUCAUAUACGCCAUCUGCGCUGUGAGCAGUUUCGUAAUGGAGAUCGGCUGCCGGCGCUGCCGCAGCGCACGCACAGCCAGCGAUGAGCGCGGUGAACGGCUGUUACUCCUCGACCAAGCUGCACACUCCAGCCUUCUCUCUUCCGCACAGCUGCACAAGCUUUCUCACGGCACGCGGUCGCAAUUUGUCUAAUCUUUGCUUUGUUACUAUUUGUGACAAAAUCUGGGAAUACAGAAAAAAAGCGUCAAAGAAUCGGAAACCAACCUGAAUCGGGUAUGGCUUCAGAGUACUGUACAAAUCGUAUUUUAAAUGUACUUUAUUUCUGCACUCUCGGUAUUUUGUGACAAUGACUAUCAAAUUAAUAAUGCACGCGUACAUUAGCCUUCCGUCCGGCGAAUAUUCAGAUGUAUAAAUAAUAAAAGGCACUACACAAGAAUAUAUAUGAAAUGUUGAAAAAUAAGUAGUCAAUUAGUAAAAAUAUUUACAUAGAAACAUUUAUUCAAUGAUGUGUAAAGAAUAUUCUUCAUAACUAACACAUAGGGUAAAUAUUCUGAAAUAACACAUAGGGUACUUUUUACCCAGAAAUUUCCACGGGAGCGAAGCCCCGGGACGCAGCUAGUGCAUUUUUAAAUAACUUUUUCAACAAAAAUUAAAUUUAACAUUUAAGAUACCCCAGACUCCAAAGUUGCUGUGGCAUCCUCUCAUCUUAUAGAAAAGAGCUAAUGGUUUCCAAAAGGCUGAACACACAUUUUCCAAAUAUUGCUAAGAACACUCUCGAUUAAAUUCUCUGUAAAAUAUAAAAAAGACAUCAAAUAAUCAGUUCAGUUAACUUUUGGCUGCCACGAUGACAUACACAUACACAAACACAUUAAACUUAUAACUCCCCGUCUGACCGUCUGGGUAGUCGGCGGUUCUUUACAUUUAAAUUCUCAUAGUUAUACCGGGUUACUGGUAUCUAACGCUCCCAAGGCGCAUAAGGUACACAGAGAAAGACUAACAUCUUUUGAUCUAAGACUUUAUUUUUUAGUUUAAAUGUCGUUUCUAUAAAACGUUAACUCCAUGUUCGAUUCCGCUACAUAACGCUAAUGUACUGUCUCGUUUGCAUGGCUAUACAUAGAGUUCAGAUGUGUAGAAUCGCAAAUUAGAUUGUAUUUUUUUAUAUGAAAAAAAAAAACUAUACUAUAUGAAAAAAAAAUAACUAGAAUCACGAAGUCGUAGAAUAAAAGUGGCUUGUUUUGAUGUACCCAAGUCGUCUUUAGAAGUUUUUGCAUUUGAUACCAGUAAUCCUGUCUAUGGACAAACUAACGAGCAUUAUAUUAUUUUAUAAUGUACUAGCGUUUGCCCGCGGCAUCGUCCGCUUGAAUUUCAUAGUAAAAUCUCGGUCAUAUGAAGAGUAUGUUUACCAAUUUUCAGCUUUUUAUGUUGAAUAUUGUAUUACGUCCCAUACAAUCUUUCACCCCCCUUUUAAAGGGGUUGAGGGUUAAUUUUCAAAAAAUAUGAAACUCGUAUUUAUUAAUUUAUUGUAAACAACUUAAAUCCAAACAUUUGAAGUCACUAACAUCAACGGUAUAGAACUUUCAUAUAAAAGUUGUUCACAUAUGUUGAAAUUUCCAAAAAUCCUCUCUUAGUGCUCACUUACACUCCCCAUUGCCAAAUUUCAGCUUCCUACGCCCAGUAGUUUCGGCUGUACGUGGUCAGUCAGUCAGUAACGGAAGAGUUUUAUAUAUAUUGAUCAAUUGUAAUGACUAGGAUGUAGUUAUCACUCUCAUGAGCAAAUUGUUUUGCUGCUGAUGUAAUUUUUAUAAAAUAUACCUGACAUGCUGGGGUAUUUUAGUCCAACUUGGAAUUGUAAAUAUACAAGAAUAAAAUGUUUAUGUUGAUUCAACAUAAAAUAAUGGUAGGUACAGUCAACAGCGCAUCAACUUACACAAAAUUAUUGCAAAUUCGCCACUAUUACUGUCACAAAGGGUUUUAAAUAGUACCCUGUAUAGAAUCCUUUGUAACUACUUGUCAUGCGGCUGACUGUACCUCUCUGAUUAUUGAACCAUUUUACAAAUUUUGCUGAUAAUUUAUUACUUGUUCUGCUCAUAGAGCCUUUAUAUGUAAAUAGAGAAACAUAGCAAAUGUUAUAGACAGCAUUAUUAUAACUUACAACACCCUUUUUUUAUUACAAAUCUCUAUGACAAGAUUUUAUUAUUACAAUGUUGAUAUCCAAUUGACAUAGUUUAAGUUUAAGAUAUGCUAAAGCUACCUACAAAAAUAUGGUUGUAUUGUGAUAUUUUCUUCAUAAAUUUUGUUCUAAAGUGAACAAGGUACAAAAACUAUUUUUAUUGUGUUGUGUGUGAUUUUGUGAACAUUGUUUUUGAAUUGUGAUCUUAUACUGUUACUAAUUUACGCUUGAGGAUGCUAUAACAAAUUAAACUUAUUUUAUUUCCA